AAAAAAAGGUAAACAAGAGAAUCGAGAAAACCACAAGAGGUAAAGCGAGAUCAAGAUUGGUUAUCAGUGAAGUGUCGUUAGGUCUGGAAGUAGUUUGAUUCAUAAACUGACUCGUCUGAGAGGAGUGGAAAGAAUGGAAAUAUCAAGGAGAACAUCAUUAAUGAACUAAAUGAUGUCAAAAGCACACCAUCAGUCACCAACUCAGCAUCAUCGUCAACAACAACAUUCUCAUUCACGAAACUAGUUACGAUCGAUACCAACUUCAAAACUUAUCAUCAUCCCAAUCCUCAGACUCAAUUCAAGUCUUCAGACUCAUAGACCUUUGAUCGAAAGGAUACCCUCUCGGUCGAGAAAAGCCUACCAUCAAAAUCAAAAUCAUGAAGAGACCAUCAAUCUCAUCAAUCCUGAGCAAUCCAAAUCGACCAUCACAUCAACCGAUUUAUCAUCAAGAUUUAAAUCAAAGUAACAUUAGUGUAGACUCUAAUCAAUCAAACCCAUCAAAUCAAAUCAAUAAUCCUCAUCAACAUCAUAGAUCAUCACAAUCUUAUUCAUCUUGUUCAUAUUCAUAUUCUUCAAAUCAAGAUCAACUUCGAUUCAAUUCAAAUCAAUUAGCUGAUCUCGCACUCUCCAGUAUAUCUCAACCUGAACCUUUUUCACACAAUAAUCCUUUACAAUCAAUCUCAUCACCUAGAUCGAUCUCAAGUUCUGAUGCUUCAUCAACUUCUGAUUUCUCAACCUCUCAUCAAUCCACAUCACUCUUGAGAACACCCUCAUCGCCACAGCAGCCAAAAUCAUUUCAAGAUCAGCAUCAUCAACUCACUCCUUUGAUCUCACGACCAUUCAGAAUCAUUAACAAUUCAAUCUCAACCAACCAUGAUAACCUCAACGCAAACUAUGGGUCUAUUCCAACAACCCAUCAAAAUGAUACGACUCCAACCAAGAACAAACCAUCCAAAUCAAACCAUCUCAUCAAGAACGCAUCCAAUCAGAUUCCAAUCAUCUUAGGUUAUAUACCAGCUGUCAUCUUGGGAUUAAUGAUGAAUAUCUUAGAUGGUGUUAGUUACGGUCUGAUCAUCUUUCCUAAUCAAUCUCAUCAAGCUUUUGAUGGUUUAGGUUCGAUUGGGAUUUCAAUGUUUUUCUUAUCUUGUAUUAUCUCUCAAUUGGUCUAUUCAUUAGGUGCAAGUGCUUUUAAAGGUGGUAAUGGAUCCAUGAUGAUUGAAAGUAUUCCAUUCAUGCAUGUGAUUGCCAAUAAGAUUGCAGAUCAAAUUGGAGAUUCAAAUCCUGAUGCAAUCUUAGCUACUACUUUAAUGGCUUUUGCGUUUUCGACUUUUUUAACUGGUUUAGCUUUCUUCAGUUUAGGAGCACUUAAGCUUGGUAAUUUAAUGGGAUUCUUUCCAAGGCAUAUCUUGGUUGGUUGUAUUGGAUCAGUUGGAGUUUUCUUAUUCUUGACAGGAGUCCAAGUUACUGCUCAAUUUCCAGAUGCCAUUGGAUUAAAUUUUGAUACCUUUGCUCAUCUCUCCAAACCUGAGAUCAUCCCACUUUGGAUUGUACCCUUAUCACUAGCUAUGAUCCUUCGAGUUCUUUCGGCUAUAAUCACCCAUCCCUUCUUCGUUCCGACUUAUUUCAUCAUUAUCCCAAUAGGAUUUUAUAUCAUCACCAGUUUAAUUCUCAAGGUCCCAAUCGAAAACCUUAGAUCAUCAGGUUGGAUCUUCAAUCUACCAGCUCCUAAUAACUCAACUGCUCCAACUGGUCCAUUAAGUUUUUAUAGUUAUUUCAAAUUCAGAGAAAUUAAUUGGUCAGUUUUUCAACAAACUCUGACUAGUCAAUUAGCUAUGGUGAUCUUUGGAUUACUUCAUGUGCCACUUAAUGUACCUGCUCUUUCGAUUUCACUCGGAAUGGAUGAUAUCGAUAUUGAUAGAGAAUUGAUUGCUCAUGGGAUUUCGAAUACAGUCGCAUCUCUAUUCGGUACAGUCUCAAAUUAUCUCUGCUAUGUCAACUCAGUGUUGUUUGUCAAAGUAGGAGGAGAUUCAAGAGUUGCAGGAUUAAUGUUAUCGAUCGGAAUGAUUGGUAUCUUCGCUAUCGGUCCUCAACCGAUUGCUUUCUUACCAGUUUGUGUGGUAGGCGCUUUGAUCUUUUUGUUGGGAUUUGAUCUACUGAAAGAAGCGGUUUGGGAUACUUGGUGGAAAGUGAGUUGGGCUGAGUAUGGAACCAUAUGGGCUAUCAUUAUCGCCGCGACUUGGCAUGAUUUUGUUGUCGGACUGGUGGUAGGAAUCAUCCUGGCUUGUAUCUCAUUUGUCGUAACCGUCUCACAACAUCGUGCGAUCAGGAGUGUUAUGGAUGGAAGAUUGGCUCGAUCGACUGUGAGAAGACAUCCGACUCAACACGAAUUCUUGAAAAGAAUCGGUUCACAAAUACGUGUGAUCAAACUUCAAGGUCAUUUAUUCUUUGGAACGAUCUCUGAAUGUGAAAAGACGAUGAAAGGUUUCUUUGAGUCAGGAAGAGAAAUCCAACAUUUAGUUUUAGAUUUAACAUCAGUGGAUAGUAUUGAUUUUAGUGCAAUUGAAGGAUUAUUGAGAAUCGAAAGAUUAUUGAAACUUAGAGGGAUCAUCUUUGUGAUUGGUGGUGCGAGUGAUAAGAUUGGUAAAGCUUUGAGGAGUGUUGGACUUUGGAAUGGAUUUAGAGAUCAAAUUGAAGUAUUUGAAACUUUAAAUCAAGCUCUUGAGUUUUGUGAGAAUGUACAUCUUAGAAGUUUAUAUCCUACUGAAUUGAUCUUGUCACCUGGAUUUCAACAACAAUCUAAUCAAAAUAAACCGAAACAAGCUUUACUUAGAUCAAGUUUUUCAGGAGAACAUAAUGAAGAACAAGGAUCUCCAAGGAAUACGUUCAGGUUAUUAGCAGCUAAAGACCUUAUGAGCUCAGCUGGGAUGAUCACCCCUCAACAACAUCAUUCGAGUUUACAACCUACUCAAUUAUUGUUUCAAACCUUUAGACCAUUCUUACCUGAAUUAAAUCAAGACUUUUGGAAAAUUAUUGCACCUUAUUUCAAGAGGAUUGAGAUGAGGAAAGGAGAAGUUUUAUGGGAAAUUGGAUCUAACCCAGAUUGUUUUUAUUUGAUUGAAACUGGAAUCUUAAGAGCUACUUAUGGACAAUGGCCCACCUUGAAAACCGAAAUAGAAGAAAGUAUGUUACCAGGUACGAUAGCAGGGGACCAUACUUUUUUAUCAAUCUUACCUCGGAAUACAAAAGUGAUGGUAGAAUCUGAAGUGAUUGUAUUAUGGGAAAUGAGAAAAUCAAAUUGGGAUUUAGAUGUGAUUGGAAGUGAGAGAAGAGAAUUGAUUAGUAGAGGGAUGUUGAGGAUGGCAGCUGUUGAAGAAGAAGUUUUGAUUGGUCAUCUUUUGACUAGGUUUUGAUGAACCAAACCUUUUGUUUGUGACUAUUUUGUUCUUUUGUUUGUUCUUUUGUUCUUUUGUUUUGUUUUUUGGUUGAAAAGUAAGUUGGAUUGUUUAAUUUAAUAUCAAGUGUUUUUUCUCUAAUACAAUUUUGUAUUUCGAACUUCAUUUAGUACUUGUUUUAUCUUUUAAAUCAUUUUUGAUUUUUGCUUUUUCAUUUGAAUUCUUUAUACGCUUUUCAGGUUUUGAAAUUGGAUUUGCAACAUAUUGAAAUAGACUCAAGUGAUGAACAUGAGAUGAUC